UAUGUAAAACCAGCUUGGUUAUGAGUCAGUGAAAUUACAUGACCACUAACUUCUGCCUUUGUUUAUUCACAUGUUUGAGGUUUUGGUUUAUUCCACUGGCUGCUGUUGCUGACAUGUGGAUGGGCCAAUGCCAGCGACGCCGUGGAGAUCCUCUGUGUGUCUUUUAUCCUGCCAACAGCACGCUGUGAUCUGCUGUUAAGCACUUCAGACAUGGGGCUGCUGACCGCCAGCGUUUUUCUCGGUAUGAUGGUUGGUGGAUAUGUGUGGGGCUAUCUGGCUGACCAGAGGGGGCGCUGUAGUGUCUUGGCCAUAUCCCUAACAAUCAAUGGGCUGUUUGGAGGUCUGGCCAGCAUGGCUCCAUGGUUCUGGCUUUUCCUCCUAAUGCGGAUUAUCAGUGGUGUUGGGGUUGGUGGCUCACUCCCUGUGAUCUUCUCCUACUUCUCAGAGUUUAUGCCUCGCUUGAGGAGAGGUGCUAUGAUCAGCUGCUUAGCCACCUUUUGGAUGGCAGGAAACAUCAUGGCUGCAGGCAUGGCGUGGUUAGUGAUUCCAAGUACCUCUGCACAUUUUUCCCUGGGGAGCCUAGACUUCCAGAGCUGGAGAGUGUUUGUAAUACUGUGCUCCAUUCCCAGCCUCACCUCAGCACUCCUUUUCAAGCUGCUGAUGCCUGAAAGCCCCAAGUUCCUCAUGGAGAUUGGCAAGGAGAAAGAGGCGAUCCAUGUUUUCCAUGUGAUGUUUAAGAUCAACACAAUGGGACAAAACAAAACCUUUCCGGAAAUUGGUUUAUGUACAAACUCAAAGCAACAAGGAAGUUUGAAAGAUGGAAUGCAGUGUUCACGUUGUCAGCAAAUCAUCAGUAUUUUUUAUUUGGGAUUUCUACCCAUUAUAAAGCUGUUUAAUGGACCACUCAAAUCCAGGAGCAUUGUGCUGCUCAUUAUCUUCUACUGCAUUUCUUUUGGUUACUAUGGCCUGUGGAUGUGGUUCCCAGAGCUGUUUGACAGAAUUGAAAAUGAUGGCUCCCCUUGUGCCAAUGUAUCCCUGCCAUCUCCACUGCACAACCAAAGCUGCUACCCAGUCAAGACAGCAGUGUACAUCGAGGGCUUCAUCAUUGCUUUGUCAAACUUACCAGGAAACAUCUUCACCAUCCUGGUGAUGGACCACACCGGAGGAAAGCUGCUGCUCUCUUGCAGUCUGGUGGUGUCCAGUCUGAGUGUCUUCUUCAUUUAUUUGGUUCAAACCAAAAACCAAAGUCUGGUGCUGUCUUGCAUAUUCAGUGGAGUGUCUGUCAUCUCCUGGAAUGCCCUGGAUGUGAUGGGAACAGAGCUCUACCCAACCCAUCUACGGUCAUCUGCACUUGGCUUUUUCACAGGUGUGGGGCGAGUGGCGGCGAUCACGGGUAAUCUAGUGUUUGGGAAGCUGGUGGACACGAGCUGCGCUGUGCCCAUCCUGCUAGUGUCCGUGCUGCUGCUGACUGGAGGACUGGUGUCGGUUGUUCUUCCACAAACCAGACAGACAGCACUGACUUGACGGCAUAAUCCUGAGCUUUUCAGCUGCACAAAACACAUUUUUGUCAAGUCCUUGUGGAGACAAAAGGAUGGCUGCCUUUGAGGUUUUGUCUGUGAAUGUCUCAGUAGGUUCUUUUUUUUUAUUCUACAUCUCUUUGUGCCUUUUCUGUUUCUUCUGUGAAAAUGUCACAAGAGCGUGUCUCUCCGCCUACACAGAGAUUUCAUCAGAGUGGAAGGAAAAGCUGCUCAAUAUUGUAAACUCCCAAGAAUUGAAACCCAGACAUGUGUCAGAAGCUCGAGGACAUCUCUUAAAAAAAAAAAAAAAAAAAAGAUGGAUUCAUCAAAUUAUUGUU